AUGGCUACCAACGCAGGCGAAAAUGUCAUCGCGGACAUGAUCGCGACUCGCCCUCCUCCAGAGGUCGUCGAGCAGAUCGCCGCUCGUGACUCCCUCCACAUCCCUCACGACAACACCGAGAAAGUCGCAUACUCUGGCGACGUCGCCUCCUCAAGUGAGGGAGACGAUGAGUUCCCUAUCCCUACUGCAGAGGAGAAGGCAACUUUGCGCAAAGUCUCUGACGACUUGAGCUAUAUCGCGUUCGCGCUGUGUCUUGUCGAGUUUGCGGAGCGUGCUUCGUACUAUGGUGCCCAGAACAUCUUCUCCAACUUUGUGGAGUUCCCUCUUCCCGCAGGUGGAAAUGGAGCUGGUGCCCCUCCCAAAGGCACCCAAGAGACUGCUGGUGCUCUAAACAUGGGUCUUCAAGCCUCCUCUGGUUUCGUUCUGCUCUUCCAGUUUCUUGCCUACGUUAUCCCCAUCUUCGGCGGUUGGUGGGCUGAUGUCAAAGUCGGUCGAUAUUAUGCCAUUGUGGUUGGUGUUUUGAUUUGUGGUGUUGCGCACAUCAUCCAAAUCAUCGGUGCCAUUCCUUCUGUCCUGCAACGGGGAACGGCAAACGCCGCUCCUCCAUUCAUUAUUGGUCUUCUAAUUUUGGCUGUUGGUGCCGGUAUCUUCAAGCCUAACAUCGCUCCUACCGUUCUCGAUCAAACACUCCACUCUAAGGAGUUUGUUAAAACCUUGAAGAGUGGUGAGAAGGUAAUUGUCUCUCCUGAGCUGACGGCGACUCGCACUAUGCUCAUCUUCUAUGGUUCCGUCAACGUCGGUGCCUUUUACAUGCUUGCAACUUCCUACGCCGAGAAGGACGUUGGCUACUGGCUCSCCUUUUUGAUUUCGGGKAUCAUCUACUUCCUUCUCCCCAUUUUGUUGUUCGUCAUGUACAAGCGUACCAAGAAGUCUCCCCCAUCUGGCUCCGACCUCACCAGCGCCUUCAAGAUUGUCGGAACUGCUCUCAAGAAGAGCAAAUUCCAAUUUUGGAAGAAAGGAUUCUGGGACUCUGCCAAACCUUCUGUCUUGGCCCAGCAAGGUAUCACAGUUAGCUGGAGCGACAAACUGGUCGACGAUGUCAAGCGAACCAUCGACGCAUGCCACAUCUUCUUCUUCUUUCCCAUCUACAACUUGAACGACGGCGGUAUUGGAUCUGUCCCAUCUAACCAGGGAGCUGCCAUGGUCACCAAUGGUGCCCCCAACGACUUGCUCAACAACUUCAACCCUCUCACCAUCAUUGUCUUUGUGCCGUUCCUCAGUUAUGUGUUUUAUCCCACGUUGCACCGCUUUGGUAUUAAGUUGGGACCUAUCGACCGAUUGACUAUUGGUUUCCUCCUGGCUGCCCUUUCCAGUGCCGCGGGCGCUAUUGUGCAGCACUACGUGUACAAGCUGUCUCCUUGCGGAUACUAUGCUUCUACCUGCGACACCGUUGCAAAUAUCUCGAUCUGGUGGCAGAUUCCUAACAACUCUUUGAGCGCCAUGUCCGAGUGCUUUGCCAACGUCACUGCCUACGAACUUGCCUACUCGCGCGCACCUCCUUCGAUGCGAGGUCUCGUUAUGGCUAUCUUCUUGUUUAUGACUGCUCUUUCCUCUGCCCUUGGUGAAAUCCUGCUUCCUGUCCAGGUCGACCCUUACCUCGUCUGGCUCUGGGCUGCACCUGCCGUCGCUCUCGUCAUCCAGACCAUCUGGCUGAACAUUCAUUUCCGCCACUUGAACCACGAGGAUUUCAUCACCAAUGAGAUCGUUGAGGAGUCACCUGCGACCAAAGAGGCUCAAGAGAUCAAGGUCUAA